CCGUAUACAGGUCAUGAUAACAAGAGGCUUCAUGACGCGUAACCGUGAGUCUGAAAUGCAUCCAGCUGCAAGUUGAGGCAAGGUUGGAGCCCAUGAACCAAUGGAGCCUGUUGCUCCUUCUCCACGUUGCUCCUCCGAGAAGGAAAGCAGACACCGGCUCUCACAGAAGAACACUCCUCCGUCCCUCCCUCUCCUCCCACUCUCCCUCCCUCCUUCCAAGAGCCUCAGCUUGCUCCUUCCCCAUGCAGCCUCGCUCGGUUCCCCCAAUGAGGCAGGACGCACUCCUCCUCCUGAGUAUGUCCAUGUCAUGAGACAGUCAGUAUAGUCGCUCCCGACGCCCCCCGCGGACUGCUUUUCCAUCGCUUGGGGAGUUUGGUUCCAUGAAAUAAUGCCAUGGUUGCAAGAGUGCACGCGUCUUCUGCUGCUGCAACACUUUGUUUUCUUCCUGGCAGGCGGCCACGGAGACUUGAACUUCUCUCUUUUUGCGGCGCAAGGUGCUGAGCCUCAGGCAGGGUCCGUCAUCCAUCCAGUGAGAACCAACGCUGUUGGAGAAUUCAUCUCCCACUCUCUGUCUCACCACUUCAAGGAUGGCCGAGUCAAGCGAGACCUCAGCGCGGUGGCGCAGGUUUACUACAAGUUCAACUACACCGGACGCGCUUUGAUGCUCAAUUUGACAGAAAAUAAUCGGCUGCUUUCGAGCGACUACAUCCUGGAGAGGCGCAACGGCGGCCCCAACCGGACGGAAAGUCGGCGGAUGCCCGCGGGGUCGUCCUGCCACCUUCUCGGCACCGUGGAAGUCUCGGGUGUGAAAGGGACCGCUGCCAUCAGCACGUGUAAUGGACUGAGAGGCUUCUUCUCCCUGCCUGAAGGACACUUUUUCAUCGAGCCGCUCCCUAAAUCUCCAAGUGAUCCUGCAGGUUCCCCAGAGCCGCACAUCAUUACCCCAAGGGUUGCCAUGGAAACGCACAGGGAAAAACGCAGCGCCGAGGGCAGGCAGACACCCGGCCCGUGCGGAGUAACAGAUGGCGACUCUGUACGGCUGGAGAGGGAGAGAGAGGAGUGGGAGAGGGAGCACGGUCCGGCACAGUCUCGCUCCCGGCGCUCGGUCAGCAGGGAGCGCUGGGUGGAGACCAUGGUGGUGGCCGAUUCCAAGCUCAUCGACUAUCACGGCAGUGACAAUGUAGAGUCUUACAUCUUCACGAUCAUGAACAUGGUGGCAGGUAUCUUCCACGACGCCAGCAUUGGGAACGCCAUCCAUGUCCUCUUGGUUCGUCUGAUACUACUACAAGGAGAAGAGAAAGGCCUAAAGAUCGUCCACCAUGCAGACACAACUCUGACCAGCUUCUGUGCCUGGCAGAAGAACUUAAAUCCACAGAGUGAUACACAUCCCGCCCAUUAUGACCUGGCUGUGUUGGUCACCAGGAAGGACAUCUGUGCCGGAAUGAACCAACCCUGCGAGACCUUAGGCCUGUCUCAUCUUUCUGGGAUGUGCCAACCGCACCGCAGCUGCAACAUCAAUGAGGAUUCAGGCUUACCGGUGGCCUUCACCAUUGCCCACGAGAUGGGUCAUAGCUUUGGAAUCCAUCACGACGGCCAAGGGAACGACUGCGAGGUGGGCGGGAGGCACCCCUUCAUCAUGUCCAGACAGCUGAUGUACGACAGCUCGCCUCUCACGUGGUCGUCUUGCUCCAAGGACUACAUCACACGUUUCCUUGAUCGUGGAUGGGGUUUCUGUCUGGACGAUCGCCCUUCCAAAAGAGACCUUACCACUCCUUUGGCACGUCUUGGCGUUCGCUACACAACACACCACCAGUGUCAGCUCCAGUACGGGCCCAACGCCACCUACUGCCAUGAAGUGGAUAAUGUUUGCCAGAUUCUUUGGUGCUCUGUGAAUGGCUCCUGUCGCUCCAAACUGGACUCGCCCAUUGAUGGGACUCGCUGUGGACCGGAGAAGUGGUGUAUCUCUGGAGAGUGUGUGAUUGUGGGAAAGCUGCCCGAAACGGUGAAUGGAGGAUGGGGACAAUGGACCGCUUGGUCUCAUUGCUCCAGGACUUGUGGGACUGGAGUUCAGUCAGCUGAGAGAGAAUGUAACAACCCCAAGCCAGAGUUUGGUGGGAAGUACUGUACAGGGGAGCGGAAGCGCUAUCGGACGUGUAACACAAGACCUUGCCAGAAGGAUAAGCCCUCCUUUAGAGAGAUGCUGUGCAGCGAGUUUGACACUGUGCCCUACCACAACGAGCUCUACAAGUGGGUUCCUGUGGCCAACCCCUUAAACCCCUGCGAGCUCCACUGCCGGCCCGAGACUGAGUAUUUUUCGGAGAAGAUGCUCGACACGGUGACCGACGGAACGCCGUGCUUCAUGAACAACAACUCCAGAAACAUCUGCGUCAACGGAGUGUGCAAGGAGGUGGGUUGUGACUUUGGCAUUGACUCAAACGCAGUAGAAGAUCGUUGCGGAGUGUGUUUAGGUGACGGCACGAGCUGCAAAACGGUCUACAAAUCGUUUGAGGAGGGAGAGGGCUUCGGGUACGUGGACGUGGGGGUGAUACCUGAGGGGGCCCGGGACAUCCUGGUGAAGGAAAUCGAGGAGGCAGGUAACUUCCUGGCUUUGAGGAGACAGGGCUCGGAGGACUACUUUCUCAACGGCAACUACAUCAUCCAAUGGAAUGGGGAGUACCAAGCCGGUGGGACCACCUUCUAUUACGAACGGAGCGGGAACAUGGAGAACCUUACUGCACCAGGACCCACCAAAGAGCCAGUCGUGCUCCAGUUGUUGUUUCAGGAGAAGAACCCCGGCCUCAAGUACGAGUACACUAUUAGAAAGAGCAAAGAGACAGGAAAUGAGGUCAUAAAACCAAUUUACAGGUGGACACAUGGCGCGUGGACAGACUGCAGCACCACCUGCGGAAAAGGUGAACAGUACCAGCCUGCACGCUGCUUUGAGAUGGAUGUAGGCGUUGUAGAUGAGUCUCUAUGUGACCCAGAGAUCCGUCCAGAAGACAGAAAUCGCAAGUGCAAGAACAUGGAUUGUCCUGCCAGGUGGUGGGUCGGAGGCUGGCAGCAGUGCACGGCCGCCUGUGGAUUGGAAGGUUUGCGGAAGCGUACAGUACUUUGCGUCCGCACAGUUUCUGGUGAGGAGAGGGUGCUUCAUCCUGUGGAGUGCAAGCACCUCCUUAAACCCAAAUCUGUUGUGCCGUGCAAUAGAGAUGUACCCUGCGGGCAGGACUGGGUUGUUGGACUCUGGGAAGAAUGUCCAGUGACAUGUGGAGGAGGUGUCCGGUCGCGCAAUGUGACAUGUGCAUUAACACCUAAAACAACCUGCGACCUCACAACCAAACCACGCACCAGAUCGCUGUGCGCUCUGCAGAGCUGCCCCAGUUCGAGCCUUCAGCGACGACCCGGGCCUCCUCCAAAAUCCCGACGCAUUUACCCGCCAAAGAGAUACCCCACUAGGACUCCCCCACCCACCGGGUCUCCCACAAGUACCUUGGCCACCGCUAUGACUACUACUGAAUCAUUAACCCCUAAAAUCCCGUCCCUUGAUCAUCAUGGUGUCGUUGUGGAGAAGGCACAGACAGAUGGGGAAAGUCCAAGUAAAAAAAAGACGCAAUCAGAGGAGGGAGUUGACAGCGAGGAGGGAAGCACACCCGAUGUGGUGAUGAACAUUCCUGGUUAUGACUACAUCACAGAAGAGAGGACACGAGAAGAGGAAGGGAUCAUAGACCUGGACGUCGGUACGACUUGGUUCAAAAAUCCUCUUAAAUCAACCACACCAGCGCCGUAUGUAAUCAUCACACCCAGUUUACAAACAAGUGGUCCCGGCUCGCACUCAACCACAGAAGCCGCCACAUCCUCCUCCUUCACCCCACAUGCUACUGUCGAGAUCAGUCAUCGCAGCACUCCUCACAUCACUCCAUACGGCGCCCGGAUGCGCAACGUUCCUCUAACUACUCCCAUGUUGAAGCGGCGUUUGGCUCCACCCAAAACUGGCUUCCACACAACACAAGCUCCCUCCGCACCACUCGGCACUGCAUCAUCGCCUCUGACCACAAUAAAGGUUAUUAAAACGAAGAAGUCUGCUGUGACCCCCAAGAAAAGUGUCACUGCCAAAAAAACCUCAACCCGGUCCAAAGGUACCCGUUCCAAGAGCCAGGAUCCACCACCUCCUCACAGCACCCAUGGCCGAAGAGAGACGGUCAGCGUGGACGUGUUCUGGCUUGUAGGAAACUGGAGUGAGUGUUCGACCACAUGUGGAAUUGGUGCAAUAUGGAGAAAGGUCACAUGCAGUUCCCAAAAGGACGAGGACUGUGCCGGCACAAAGAAACCCGAGCCUGCUCGCACUUGUCAUCUUCAGCCGUGUGCCACCUGGCAAAGUGGCAGCUGGAGCAAGUGUCCAGAGAACUGUGCAGUGAUGGGAAAGCGGUACCGGGAUGUCCAAUGUGUUGAUUCCCAGAAUCACCGUCCUCUUAGGCCGUUCCACUGUCAGGCGGUGUCCAGCAAACCUGUCAGUACUUUGACUUGUCCCCACAAGGCCUGUGUGGACUGGAGUGUGUCACCAUGGGGACCCUGCUCCGGAAGCUGUGGUGAGGGAAUGCGCGAGCGGUUGGUGUACUGUCCAGUGCCUCAAGGUUGCGGUGCUACACCGAGGCCAAACAGCACAGAGCCGUGCAGCUUGAAACCUUGCACCAAUUGGAGGACAGAAGAGUGGGAGCAGUGCUCCGUGAGCUGCGGAGGUGGUCAGCAGCAGCGUGACGUCAUCUGUGUGAAUGUCGAGGAUUCUGGAGUCAUGCCAGACAACCUGUGCGAGAAGAUGUCCAAACCAGAAGUGCUCAGAAAGUGCAAUAUACAGGAAUGCCGGACCACUACAGGGACAGUGUGUAGGAAGAACACAAUGUCCUCUCGCUUCUGUGACAAGCUGAAGCUGCUGGGCCGAUGUUCCCUCAGGUCGGUGCAAAAACAGUGUUGUAGCACCUGCAGGUCAUAGCCGGAUACACCCUCGGUUGCUGGGCCUCCCUCCUGCAGCCAUUUACUGGACUAUACAUGAAACUGGUCAGCAGCUAGUAACAUGGAACAUUUGAAAUCCACCAGCACCUUUAAAGUCCAACACAAUCAGUUAUGGAACGCCGAUUGACCUCCAGUAUGAGUGGAUUUGGAAUCAAAUUUCCCAUAAGAACUAAUGUAAAUGGAAAUACUAACCAGUCGAGUGUGGUGGGCUGUUUAAAGUGUUAAAAUUGCUCGGAAGAUUGAAAUAAUAGAGCUUCACUUUACGAAUCCCUCCCCCGCUCAGGUCUCUGAGCAAAGCCACGCCCCUCACUCCCGCACAUGAGAACAAUUCUCAAACAUGGCCAUUCAUAACGGCAUGUCUUUGAGUAGUUGUGAUAAAGAAUGCAUAUCCUCUCUCAUCAAGCACAAGCCCAUACUAAAACAGACUUAAAACUGCAAACAAGCUGGCAUAAGCCACGGCUGCUACAUUGGUAAACUGACAUAUUGUGGUGUUACUCUGACACCGAGUGUUAAUGGUUUGAAGUUUUAUUUUUCUAGGAUGAACAUCCAUCCAUCCAUCCAUGGUUGGUAUUUUCAUUCAGAAUACCGAAUAAUGCAAAUUUAAUUGUCUAAAUCGGGGUACAUACAUUGCGAUUUUUAACACCCUCACCAAUUUCUGAAUUGUGAAUUGACAAAGUAACACGCAUGUGUGCUUAUUGGUAUAGUGUUUGGUGUACACACGACACCACGAAAAACGGAACAUGUUUUGACCAAUUCAUCAUUUGAUGCAAAAGGUGCAUUUUGAGAGUGCUGCAUUUGACUUUGACUUGCUGAUAAAUUAACUGAUGUAUAGCUACUUUUAGGUGCUUUCUCUUAUGUGCAAAAGACAUUUUAUAUUUUCAACUGAUACAAGCAGAAUGUACAUAAAGAUAUUUUUACCUUUUUUUGUUUUGUUUUUUUAUUGUUAAUAGCAACAACAGGCUCAUUUAGUAUAAUUGUGCUUUUCAGUGUUGCGUUGGCAAUGUGUGGGGGAAAAAGUUUCAACUGUGCUUCUGUUAAGUGACCUGCAGAACUCUGUAGUUGAACUGAGGUGCUCCUCUGACGUGAAAUUGACCAAUGACAAAGAGGCGUUGCAGGUCAUCCCUCUCAGGUCCCUCAAAGGAUGGCUAUUUUGUUUGUAUGAUCUUGUACAUACCAAUGUCACGCAUGUGGUUCCACAGCAAUAAAUGUGACCAUUAAAGACCC